AUGUUGCUAGUACUGCUGAGCCUGGCCGCGCUGUGCUGGGGGGCCGUGCCUCCGGAGCCGACAAUUCAGUGUGGCUCUGAACCCGGACCGUCUCCAGAGUGGAUGGUCCGACACACCCUGACCCCAGGAGACCUGAGGGACCUCCGAGUGGAACCUAUUAAAAGCAGUGCUGACCUGGAGGACUCUUCAAUUUUGAUGAACAUAAGCUGGAUACUCCGGGCAGAUGCCAGCAUCCGCUUGUUGAAGGCCACCAAGAUCUGCGUGAUGGGCAAAAGCCACUUCCAGUCCCGCAGCUGCAUCAGGUGCAAUUACACCCAGGCGUUCCACACUCAGACCAGACCCUCUGGUGGCAAAUGGACGUUUUCCUACAUUGGUUUUCCUGUCGAGCUGAACACAGUCUAUUUCAUUGGAGCCCAUAACAUCCCCAAUGCAAAUAUGAAUGAGGACGGCCCCUCCAUGGCUGUGAACUUCACCUCCCCAGGGUGCCUGGACCACUUAAUGAAAUAUAAAAAAAAAUGCAUCGAGGCAGGAAGCCUGUGGAAGCCGAACAUCACCGCUUGCAAGAAGAGCGCGAACACGGUGGAAGUGAAUUUUACCACCAGUCCCCUUGGAGACAGAUACAUGGCGCUCAUCCAAAAUACCUCCGUGAUUGGGACUUCCUAUGUGUCAGAGAAGGAACUAACUCGAACUUCCGUGGUGGUCCACGUGACUGGGGAAAGUGAAGGUGCUGUGGUCCAGCUGACUCCGUAUUUCCAUACCUGUGGCAACGACUGCAUCCGACAAAGAGGAACCGUGGUGCGGUGCCCACAAACGGGAGUCUCUCCUCAGGAUCAUGAGAGAAGUGUGCUGGGUGGCUGGCUGCCUCUCCUCCUGUCCGCUCUCCUUGUGGCCACAUGGGUGCUGGUGGCUGGCAUCUAUCUGAUCUGGAGGCACGAAAGGAUCAAGAAGACUUCCUUCUCAACUACCACACUACUGCCCUCUCUUAAGGUUCUUGUGGUUUACCCUUCUGAAAUAUGCUUCCAUCACACAGUUUGUUACUUCACUGAAUUUCUUCAAAACCGCUGCAGAAGUGAAGUUAUCCUUGAAAAGUGGCAGAAAAAGAAAAUAGCCGAGAUGGGUCCCGUGCAGUGGCUCACCACUCAGAAGCAAGCAGCGGAUAAGGUCAUUUUCCUUCUUUCCAAUGAUAACACCAUGUGUGAUGGUACCUGUGACAAGAAGGAGGGCGGCCCCUGUGAGAACUCCCAAGACCUGUUCCACCUCGCCUUUAACCUCUUCUGCAGUGAUCUGAGAAGCCAGACUCAUCUGCGCAAGUAUGUGGUGGUCUACUUCAGAGAGGGUGACAUCAAAGACAGCUACAGUGCGCUCAGUGUCUGCCCCACGUACCGCCUCAUGAAGGACGCUACAGAUUUCUGUGCAGAGCUUCUCCAUGCCAAGCAGCAUGUGUCAGCGGGGAGAAGGUCACGCGCCCGUCACUACAGCUGCCUCUCCCUGUAG